CGGUGAUAUGUCCAAGCGUCUGGAAGUGUCUCGCAGCGCGAACCACUCGUGGAGGCGCCCGCCGCCUCUCUAAUACCACAUUUCAAUGGACGCAGAGGCUAAGGCAGUCGUGGCUUGGCUGUCUACAUACGACCUAUCGCGUCCAGUGGCUAAUAUUGCCGAUCUCAGCGAUGGUCUCCCGCUUUUCGACGUUCUCUCCAAGGUUGACGCCGACUACUUUCGCGUUCCUGCACGGACAUCUACUCAACAAUCAGAGAAUUGGGUGCUCAGGCAGAAUUCUCUGAAGCGAUUAUAUCGUCUCAUCACUCAAUAUUUCACCGAUGUGCUUCAUCAACAAACCUCUGCCCUUGGCGUCCCCAACUUGCAAGACGUGGCGGAAAAACACGAUGUGGCCCAAACACUGGCACUGUGCCGCCUCACGCUAGCCAUUGCUGUACAAGGACCUCGAAACAAGAACGCCAUUGAACGAAUACAGAGGCUAGAUGAAGCUGAUCAGCGAGCACUGAUGUUUGCUAUCGAGCAGGUCAUGAAGAAAAUCCCAAAACGGACUGGAGAGGCAGCCGGCGAAAUCAGCAUGACGGACGACGAUCACUACUACGAACUUCAAAAUGACUUGAGUCGACUCACAGUCGAGAAAGAGACUCUGCAGAAAGCCUAUCAAGCCCUCAUGGGCGACCACCGCAAUUUGCAGAACGGUCUUGACGAAGCUUUGUCGGAAAAAGCUGACAUCAGCAGCCGCUUGCAUGAAGCGGAGCUUCGUGCGGAUGAGUAUCGCAACAGCAAAACUGACGCUUUGAUGCGGGCUGAAAUUGAUCGUCUCCGCUCUGAAAUUCAGAAAGCAGAGGACAGCCUUAUCACCGCAGAAGCCGAAAUUGAGAAGCAAAGCGCUUCUCUGUCCGAUCUCACUCGGAAGAACGAUGAUCUUCAAAUGCAAGCAAAUCAGGCAGCAAGGCUCAAAGAUCAAGUCGAUGAGUUACGCCAUACCGCCGAAAAGGCCCAAAAGACGGAGAAUGUGAUGGGGAAAUAUAAGAAAAAACUGGAAGAAAGUGCAGACUUACGCCGGCUCGUGAAGACUCUUGAGGAGCAAAACGCAUCGCUGGUGGACAAGAACGCCUCCUUAGAAGAAGAAUACCGCAAGGUUGCUACCUUUCGACCGCUUAUGGAUUCUUACAAGACCCAGAUCGCUGAUCUUGAAGCCAAAGCCUCUACGAGAGCGAAGGAAAUUGAGACCCUCAAGUACGAGCUCACACAAACGAAAGCCAAAUUGAAUAUCACACUUCAGGAACGGGUUCAGGAUGCUGAAGCGCUCGAGCUUUACCAGGAAAAGGUGAAGGAACUCGAACUGACGGACUCCAGGAAUCGGGCACGUAAUCGUGGUGAUGCAGUCUCUGCAGAAUCACCUCAAGAAGCGUAUGGCGGAACUGGUGGUCCUGACUUCGACCUCCACGAAGACACCAAUCUUGGUGGGGAACUCGAUGACGCAAUCAGUGGCCGGACCAUGACGGACCUCAAGCUCCAGAUCAGGAGGCUCAAACUAGACCUCCAGGAGGCAAGGAAUAAUUCAUCAGAUGCGAGCCGGGUGAUCGUCCUCGAGAAUUUACUUGAAGAUACCAAUCGAGUUAAAGCGCGUUAUGAAGCUGAUUAUCUCUCUACACACCGCGAGAAGCUCAUGCUUCAAAGCCAGUUAGACGAAAUCAGGAGUGGAAAAUCAGGGGAUAACGCCGAGGUAGCAAUCGCUCUAAGACAACGACUUAACGAGGUCUCAGAGCAGCUAGACAGGUUACGAGAGGAACAUGCUCAAUUACAAGUUACCUUCGACGCCCAAAGCCGCGAACUGGUAAUCGCGAAAUCUGAUCUGAACCUGGUAAACAAGGAUCAGCUCGAUAUCCUUGCGACCCUUCGUGAGUCCGUGAAUGAGGACAAGAGCGGACUUGAGAAUCAAGUACAGAAGCUUCAAUCUCAGCUUGAGGAGCAAAAGGGGAAGAACAAAAUGCAAUUGGAGCAAAUAAACACCCUUCUUAUGGAGAAAGUCAACCUUCAAAGCGAAGGAAUUGGACAGCGGGAGAAAAUGUUGGAGCGGGAGCGUAAUUUAACAGACCUCCGGGCAUCAUUUGCUGGGGGAGACCUGCCAGAGGAGACCAAGACAAAGUUGCUCCAUCUACACGAAGAGAAUAUUGCGCUGAAGGAGCAAGUCCGUACAUCGCACGAGAAACUAUUGAAGAUGAGACAGUUUAUCAAAGAGCAGGACCGCAUGAUCAAGGAGAAUCGGGUUUCAUCGGGCUCAUCCUUCGAAGAGGCCGAAGAGAGUUUCAAAAGCAAGAUCAGCAUGCUUGAAGAAGAUCUGAAACAAUCUAAGACGAGGCUCAAAGAGGCCGAGCAGCGUUAUCAAAAAGAACAGACGCUAAUGCUCAGCUCCAUUCAUAAUAUGGGUAUGGAGGUUGUCAGGGCACACCAGAUUAACCCACGUCGCAACCCAGGGGGAAUCAUCAAACCCACAGCCUGGCUCACCCAACAGAGAGACAGCACAAGCGGCUCAUUGAUUGGGAAAUAGAUUUAACUUACCCAAGUACUUGGUCACUUUAAUGCGAUACCCUGUCGUUAAUUGAAGACGAUGCGCAAACUCGCGUCCGGCUGUAAAAAAACCUGAGUAUGAUUGUUUCCACUGUUUCCACGUUUACCGCGUACUGUCAAACAACUCGAAUCGAGUUCAGGAACUUCAUCCAGCGCCCUGCCAUCCGUUCCAUUGCAAUAUCUGAUUGCAGCCAUCCGAACUAGACAACAAUUAUCAUCUUCAGCGCUCAGAUCGGCACGAAGUUGAUUUAAACAACAAGUUACGUCCAUUCCAUGAAAGGCGGAUCGGCCUACAACUCUAAAAUCUCCGGGUCACAGAUCCCCCUGUACGAGGUUAUCAUAAUUAUGGACUGAUAAACAAUCUAGCGGUGUUUCCGCUUGUGCAGCUCAAUGCC